CGGGCGCGCUCCCGGGGAUACUCGCCCGGACACCGUGACUCGCCCGAUGGGUUCGAGUAACGGGCCCAAGGGCGCCGACGGGCCCAAGGGCUCCGCCAUCUGCAGGCUGUGGCCCCCGCUCGUCGUGGGCGCCGCGCUGCUCUUCAUGCUUUCGACAUCUCCGGACACCACCCCGCCUCAGGCGAGGCUCGGCGCGGGCGCUUCUUACCGCCGAGCCGGGGAAUUCGCACUCCGCGAGCGCAAGCUCGAGGCUGCCGUCUCUUUGGACGUCCCGGGCGAGCGACAACCCGCGCUGAGGCUGUCCGACGUGGACACCGAAGCCCCCGCGGAUCUGGGCUCGGGUGACUCGGACGCCCCGGGCGCGCCGGGCGUCUACGCGCUCACCGCCGACGACAUCGACGGCCGCCCGGUGCACCUCUCCGUCCUCUCGGGUAAACCCACGCUGAUGAUUAACGGGUUGGAGGAGCUCGGCGAGGCGUACGGCGAUAGGUUACAGAUCAUGGCGUUCCCGUGCAACCAAUUCGGGGGACAGGAACCCGGCGACGCGGCUCAGAUCAAACAGUUCGCCAAGGACCACGGCUUCCCGAGCGACGGGUACCUGAUGGCCAAGGUGAACGUCAACGGGCCGAAGGCGAGCGAGGUGUGGAAGUACCUCAAGGCGCACGCGAGACCCAAGCCGGUCAAGUCGGUGAUGUGGAACUACGAGAAGUUUCUGGUGGACGCGGCGGGCGAACCGGUGAAGCACUACGGCUCGGGUUUCGACUCGAGCGCCAUCUCCGCGGACAUCCAGGCGCUCCUCGGGGAGACGCCGGGGGAGCUCCACUAACGGGGGGAAGGGCGAGGAUGAAUGGUUUUUGUAUGGGCAAACCUAAAGGGACGAUGAAUGGGGUGACGACGGAUGGGACGUAGGCAGAUGGGACCCACGGCGCUCGCUCGCUCGCGGACGGCGCUCGCCUCGCGACUCUGAUUUCGAAGACACGGCACUCGGUGACGGCGACGCCCCAAACACGAUGGGCGUCGCCCGAUGGUGGUCGGGGUCGACUGAGACGC